AUGGUGACGAGGUAUAACUUAUCAAGCAACUCUUGGGUCGACCAAACCUAUGAGUUGAGGAAUUUAUGGGCUCUUACAUAUUUGAGGGACCAAUUUUUUGGGCGAAUUAGGACAACAUCCCAGUGUGAAGGGAUUAACUCUCUAAUAAAAGCAUAUGUGAGAAAGAAAGAUACCCUUCUUGAAUUCAUCAAUAACAUGGAGACCGUUGUUAGCCAUUACAGGAACAAUGAAAGAGUUGCAGAGUUCAAUAGUAAAUAUACCGAUCCAGUACUUGUGACUUCUUUGCCGACACUUGAAGAUUUUGCUGCAAAGACUUUCACUCGUAACAUGUUCCGGGAGGUCAGGAAGGAAAUUGAGGGUGCUUAUGCUAUGAAUACAGAGUUGGUAAUUCAGGAUGGUGGAAAACUAUACUUCAAGUGUAACAGUUUUGGAGUGCCAGAGAUUGAUCAUGUGAUUGAGUUUGACAAAGUUGGGGGGAUGCUUCGUUGUGAGUGUCUGUGGUUUGAAAAUAGAGGGAUUCCCUACAUGCACAUAUUCGCAUGCCUAAAGCACCAACACAUUGAAGUUAUUCCAGAACACUUAGUGUGCAAGCAUUGGACGAAGAAUGCCAAGAGCGAUUUCAUGAAGUCAAACGUCGAUGAUCCAAGUGAUUCUGAUAAGGUACUAAAGUGUCGUUUGGGUGUGUUGGGUGCUGAGUGUUCUAGGUUGAUGGAUGUUGCAAGUAAGAACUCAAGUGAUUUUGUCGAAGCAAUGAAUGAUGUUGUCAACACAAUUACAAAACUCCAAAAGCAAGGUGAAAAUCCACGCAACAGUAAUUUAGACGAUGACUACGUUGUUGACCCAUUGGUGGUGAAGAGUAAGGGAGCUCCCAAGAAAAACUCAAAAUUUAAGCAACGUAGAAGGUGUUCAAACUGCGGUGUGACAGGUCACUACAACAAAAGUUGUCCUAAUGUUCUUGGUAGAAUCCCAAAGGAGCCGGUAGACGAUGAUACAGAAAAGAAUAUCAGCAGCCAUCUUGACAUCCUCACUAAGGGGACCGCCGAGGAGAAGGAGAGGAAGAGGAAGGGAAGCUGCUCGCGCCCUGCCCCCGCGCCAGUUCCCUGCCGCGCCGCCGUCGAGCCCACCGAGCAGAAGCCCAUCGCCGCGCACCACCGCCACGUCGCCGACGAAGAGGAGAGAGCGAGCAGCGCCGAGGAGGCUUCGAAGAUCCGCUGCUGUCCAGCUGUGCCGUCCUCACCGUCGCCGUCACGGGUCAGAUCUGAGACGAGAGAGCAGGCCGCGAAGGAGGAGGGAACCGCGCCGUCUGUUGAAAGUAUUCGUGUCGCCGCCAGAACCCUUGUCGUCGCCGCUGCCGUUGGACGAAGGAGAGAGGAAAAAGAUGCGAUGUACAUAGCAGCUCACUGCCGUGCUUCAUCUCCGCCGCUGCCAUGGACGCCGAUGAGUUGCACGGUGUCAUCGGGGUUUGGAAUUUGGUGA